AUGGGUUGGUUUUCGGGAGAUGAAGGCUACCCUAGAUCUGUCGUCCUCAGUUUUCUACGGGAGGUGGAGGCUCAUUCAGAUCCAUCGUCGCCGGUCUUAGCUAACGGGAAGGGGAGGCUUAUUCAGCUCCGUUUUCGCCGUCUUUGGUUCCGGAGAGUGGAGGCUCACAAAGCUCCACGCUGCCGAUUUGGUACCCGAUACUCUUUGGGUUUUGGUUCUAGUUCGAGGUCUGUAAAUCGCGGUUUGGUUUUAGUCGUCACGGCGUUGGUGGAUGAGUUCUCGUUCGUCGAUGAAGCUCUCCGACGACGGCGAUGA